CUAGAGAGAGAGAGAGAGAGAGAGAGAGAGAGAGAGAGAGAGAGAGAGAGAGAGAGAGAGAGAGAGAGAGAGAAGGAGAAGGGCGGGGAGGGGAAGCGGAGCGGGUGUUAGAGGGGGGGAAAGGGAGGAGGGAGAAGGGAGGAGGGAGAGAUGGGAAUGAUGAGUGUCGAUGAUGGAGUAGGAGUAGGAGUAGUAGUAGGAGGAGGAGGAUUGACACGAGGAGGGAUGGAGAAGUCAGCGAUGGUUCAAGCCCGAUUGAAGUUGGCGGGAAAGUCGAUGGAGACGUUCGUGAAGAGGGCUGUGGACGAUGCCACGUGGCCGCCUACUGAGGAGUACUCGGACGAGGUGUUGAUCCCGAUCGCGACCGGCGUGAUCGCGAUCUUGGCAGUCGUGUUGAAGGCGUGCCUUUCGUUGCCAAUCCAUGGUAAAAUACUGCAAACACGAAUUGAAGACUUCUUCAAAGCUGUUCGGGAAAGGUUUGAGGAUAAAAAUCUAGCCCGGAGAACCGAAAUGCUGAUUCUUAACAUUGUGGAUAGAAAGUGGAAGAGUGCGUCUGCGCUCAAGGCUACCACGGAUGAACUCUUACAAUGCGCUGAACAUGGACUCACCCCAACUCAAAUUCUGAAUAACUUUGCUAGAGCACUACCUGACCCACUCUGUACUCAACUGUAUCCCCGUACCAAAGAAGAGGGGAUGACGUAUGAGAAGUCCAGCAAGAUUGCAAUAGAUCAUGCUGGCUUCCUGGCAGAAGCAAACUAUUGUCACUAUUCGAAAGAUCUGCAAGCGGGAAAGAAGUGGCAGAACUGCACAAUCUUAGGGAAUAUACCUUGGAAAGACAACCUCCUUCUGACCUUUGAAGAAGGUGUUGAGACUUUCUCCUACGAUCGAAUAGACUAUGGUCUGGAGGGAGCACCCAACGGUUCGGUAGUUCAGGAGGGGGACUACAAGGCCGUUGCAGCCUGCGGGGGAGGGGGACAAGGAAGAGGCCGUGGCCGAGGAAGAGGAGGCUGCGAACGUGGAGGAAGAGGACCCGACACCCAGAGGGGUGGUGGUGAAGGUAGCUACUACGUGGGUGGAAGGGGCAAUGGUCCCUCGCAAGGUGGCCGAGGUUACAACUCCACUUGGGGAAGAGGAAGAGGCACAUGGUAUGGGAAUUGGGACAAACCAUAUCCACUCCAUCUUGGUUUGCCGAAAGGCAGACCUUGGGAAAAGUUGGGGAUUACGGAGAAAGUAUGGCAAGAUAGGAAAGUUGCCGACCAAUGCCUUUUGUGGUGACCCCAACCACAUUGUUUCUUAUUGCCCAAAUGAUAAGGUAUCAAAAGGGAACAACCAGUAGGGGUCUCAGUUGCCUCUAUAGGAACUUCGGAUGUAAAUAGACAGACAUCCUCCCAUCUGAAGGUUCCAUUGGCAGAAACUGAAAAGAAAGACGGUCCCCACCUAGUUAAUUGUACAGAGGUAGUAAGUGUAUGUACCUCUCUAGGUGGAUCCCUCGUUGGCAUAGGUGAUAAGUUGGCCACUCAUUGCAGCGGACCAAAAUGAAAAAGUGCAAGGGAC